AUGGAUCAGAGCGAGGCCUUCCUCGUGGACAUUCUCGACCUCUCGAGCUUCGACUUCUCAAUACAGUGGUCAUCACAGGAAACCGAGAUCCUCGCGACGCUACUGCAACCCAUUGACGAGUCGCCGCCGCAGUCUGCCGACGACCUCGCGACCUUGCCGCCGUCCAAGGUGAAGCACAACCUCGCGCUCAAGCGGUACCGCAAGAAGAAGCGCGACGAGAUGCAGCAGCUGAAGGAAGCCGUAAGUGAUCUCGAGCUACGCCUCUUGCAGCUGCAGAUGGCCAAGGCCGCGUCCGACUCGCUCCAGCCGCCGACCAAGUGGCAACAACUCGCGGUGAACGAGCGGCAGCGCGAGAAGCAGGCGUGGACCGAGAACGAGAAUCUGCGCAAGCUUGUGAAGGAGCACAUGAUCACCGCCCAAGCGUUUGCACACAUGCUCGAAAAGACGUGGGAGCAGACGCAGUCCAUCGCGUUUCUUGACGCCCCCGAAGACAAAUGGAAGCAGCUCAUUCUCGUCCUCGAUCCGGCGCUGCGGCUCCGCGCGAUGCACCAGAUCCUCGACCGAGAGCAUCUCCGGUGCCAUGAUGCGUUCAUCCAAGCGCAACUCAUCGACGUCGACGACGAAUUCCAAAAGCACAUUGCCAAGUUCCACCACCACAACGCCCACGAGUUCCAUACGAUCGUGCAUCGGCGAACGCGCCUCCAGCUGCGCUGCGUCGUCGAGGGCACGUGGAACGUCAUCCGCGGCACGGCGGGCGGCAUCCCCAACAUGAACCGGUCCUGCAAAGAGCUCAUCGACAUUGACGCUGACACAUCGUACGUCACGGGGUG